UGUCAAGCCCUGUCCAGUUAAGAGCUGCGUUUGGCUAAGGGGAAGGGCUUAAAAAUAUUCAUGCCCUUUUCCAGAAGCUCCAGUUCUCCAGCCUGGCCCUGAAUGUCUCCUGCUGCAAACUGACCCUUUCUCACUGCUCAGGCUCUGUUCGCCUUCCUACAAAUACCUUCAAGAAAGCACUGUUGGCUCUUCAGCUGCACCUUCGGUUUGCUAGUAGGAGCAGGGCAGUAUUUCCUUCCUACUUUUAUGUCUGAGUGAGAGUGUUAUUUAGACCAAUCUGUUAGGCAGGUCUGCCUCACGUAAUACCUUGCAUAUGAUAGAUGUUGUACUGAAAAAAAAAUUAAGGACCUGUAUCUGUUGAUUUACUAAAUUAUUUAAAUGGAUGCAAGCAUUGGAUUUAUGCAGUAAAUUAUGGUGCAUGAAAAAAGGUUUAAUUGACUUCAUUCUUAAAUUAUUUAAAAAGGAUGAGGUUAGAAAAUGUGAUUAACUCCCCCUGCACUCUGCAUCAAUAGCCUUCCACUGUUCUUAACUGUAUAAAGGUUGCACUGGGGAUUAGCUUUAGUUUUAAGUUUGAUAGUCUAGAAUGGGAGGAUUAAUAAGAAAAUAUUCAGCAGGUUGAGUGUAGUAGGAUGACACUAACUUGUAACUGCCUUUUUGACUAUCAGCACAGCUCUCCCUCCCUUUUGGUCUUGUGUGUUGUUGACAUCGUAUUCCUUGAAGUAUGCCAGGACACCACAGGAGUUAAUCUUAAACCUUCUUGUUGUUCCAUAACAUCUUAAACUUUUUUUCCCUUCACAGGAAAUGACCUAGAGGCCUUACAAAUACAUUUGUGCAUUUUUGUUCUGAGUCCUCAAUUGAGGGUAAAUGCAGUCUGGAAGCACUGCUUCUUAACGUUACAACGGAAACAACUACCUCAACAAACAAGGAAAGGGGAAGAAGGCUUGCAAUAAUACUCUUAAUUUUUAAUAGGUUACACUUGCAGAGUCUUCUGUAAAGAGUCCAGAUUUUUUCCCCCCCCCUUCAGUAUUAAGAAGAGACACUACAACUAAUUUGGCAGACUGGAUCUGUCAAGACAUUUGAAGAUAUUUGAUCUGCUGACAUAAGGAUUUGCUUUUUCAAGGAAGGAGCCUCUGCACUUCUUUUAGAAUUGCUGUUGAUCGGUGGUUUGCUCCACUUUUCCUGAUAUUACUAAUGGGAAAAUUGUAUUAAGCUAUCGCUUCUAGAAAUAUUAUUUACAUUGACAAAAAAAACUUUUGUAGACUUAACAGCAAGUGAUGACAAUAUGAAGAAAUUGUAGGUGGUAACUUCUCUGCUCCAACAUCGCUUUUCUGUGUGCAGAAUAGAAUACUAAACAAGAGACAGCAUUAUUAAGAUACUUCGGCUUGCUUUUUGACUACAGUUUAUAACUGCAACAGGGCUGCACUGAACACUGAAAAUACGAAGUCAGCAAAUCUGCUGCCUUUCUCACUGCUGAUAGAGAUUAUACAGACACUUGCCUUUUUGAAAUGCCUUUUGUGAAACCUGUGUACACAGUCCUCCACUGUUACUGUACAUAACUAUAUAGUUGAGGAAGGAAUUUGAUAAGUGAUUGUUAAUUCAAGAAAUUUUUGGACAAGCACACUUAUGUAUUGCUGUAGUACGCAAGAAAGCAAAAUGGACUAUAAGCGGCGCUUCUUGCUUGGCGGGUCCAAGCAAAAAGUACAGCAACACCAGCAGUAUCAAAUGCCUGAGCUAGGCAGGACCCUGAGUGCACCGCUGGCAUCUACAUCCCCAGCAUCCCCUUUGGUGUCCUCAGCUGCUGCAGGCAGCUGCAGUCACCCUGUGUCCCAUAUGACUCCGAUUGCAGACAUCCAGCAGGGAAUCUCCAAAUACCUGGAUGCACUCAAUGUGUUUUGCCAUACAAGCACUUUCCUUACAGACCUUUUCAGCAGUGUAUUUAAGAACUCGCACUAUUCUAAGGCAGCUAUGCAACUGAAAGAUGUGCAGGAACAUGUCAUGGAAGCAGCGAGUCAUCUCACAGCAGCAAUAAAACCAGAAAUAGCAAAAAUGCUGAUGGAACUGAGUGCAGGAGCUGCAAACUUUAAAGAUCAGAAAGAGUUCAGCCUACAGGAUAUUGAGGUACUUGGGCGAUGUUUCUUGAUGGUGAUGCAGGUCCACUUUCAGUUCCUGUCACAAGCUUUGCAGAAAGUCCAGCCAGUGGCACACUCUUGCUUUGCUGAAGCUGUAGCCCAGGAGAAAAAGAAUGUUAGUGGAGCUGGAGCCUCAAAUUUAAGCCCCACAAAUGAGCUAGAAGAUGCAAUAAGAUCAUGGAGAGGAGCAGCAGAGGCCACAUCUCGACUGCGAGAAAGAGGCUGUGAUGGAUGUUUGGCAGGAAUUGAAGUUCAGCAACUUUUCUGCUCACAGAGUGUAGCAGUCCCUGAACAUCAGCUCAAAUUAUUAAACAUGAAAAUUGACAGUGCUUUGCAGGCUUACAAAGUGGCUUUGGAGAGUUUAGGCCAUUGUGAAUAUGCAAUGAAGGCUGGCUUCCACUUGAACCCAAAAGCUAUUGAAGCAAGUCUUCAGGGCUGUUGCAGUGAAGCUGAAGCCCAGCAAACGGGAAGGAGACAGACUUCUCCUCAGCCCAUUCAGUGUGAACUGCCCACUGUUCCUGUUCAGAUAGGAUCACAUUUUCUGAAAGGAAUAUCCUUUAAUGAGUCUGCAGCAGAAAACCUAAAGCUGAAAACGCACACAAUGCUGCAGUUGAUUAAGGAAGCUGGAUGCCAUAAUGGACUUACACCACAGGAUGACUCUCCUGUUACUGAAGUACUAAAUCAGGUUUGCCCUUCCACUUGGCGAGGAGCCUGCAAAACUGCUGUACAAUUGUUGUUUGGCCAAGCUGGACUGGUGGUUGUGGACACAGCACAGAUUGAAAAUAAAGAAGCUUAUGCUCCUCAGAUAAGUUUAGAAGGAUCCAGAAUUGUGGUGCAAGUUCCAUCAACUUGGUGUCUGAAAGAAGAUCCAGCAACAAUGUCUCUGCUGCAGAGGAGUCUGGAUCCAGAGAAGACUUUGGGGCUAGUAGAUGUGCUCUACACUGCUGUGUUCGACAUACACAGGUGGAAGGAAGGAAGGGAGCAAACUUUGCCUUGUAUUCAGAUCCAGUUACAGCGUGAAAUCUUAGGCUUUGGGAAUCAAGUUGACAUGCCUUCUGGAAAUGGAAGCAAAUCUUCAGGUGGUCUGCAAAAGACAUUCUCAAAACUGACUUCACGGUUUACAAAAAAAACUUCCUGCACCAGUACAAGUAAUACUGGAAGUUACUCAAUCCCCAAUACACCUUCCAAAAAUGUCUUCAUAAGUUCCAACUCAGAGGAGAAAGCUAAAAUGCUCACUAACAUAGACGCACGGUUACAAAGCAUCUUGAACAUUGGUAAUUUCCCUAGGACUGCAGAUCCACUGCAAUCAGUUCAGAACACAAAUAACCAGCUAGUGAAUGGGUUUCUAGUUCAAAGACGGGACAACUUCAAACUGGAUGACAGCAAGGAUGACAAAGGUAUGAAUUUACCAACUGACCAAGAAAUGCAGGAUGUUAUAGAUUUCUUGUCUGGUUUUAACAUGGGCAAAUCCCAGCAGACUUCUCCGAUGGUGAAAAGAAGGAACUCUGCAUCCUCUACAGCAACAGAACAAAAAUCAGGAACAGUACAACAGCAACCGCAGUCUGUCUCUCACACACCACUGCAUCCUUCCCAACAAGGCUUGUCACAGCAACAACAAUCACAAAAGCAGCAGCAGCAAACGCAGUAUUACCAACACUUGCUUCAACCUAUUGGACCACAGGAACAUGUACCUGCCAAAUGGCUAACUAAUUCUUUGCAGCAGCCAGCCCAAGCUGUUGGAGCUGGAUUGUCUCAUAUAAACCAGUGGAACAAUCCUGGUUUUUCAGAUUUAAGCUCUGAUUUGUACAGCUUGGGUCUUGUGAGCAGCUAUAUGAACAAUAUGAUGUCAGAGAUGUUAGGACAGAAACCACAAGGACCUAGAAAUAACACGUGGCCAAAUCGUGACCAAACUGAUGGAGUGUUUGGGAUGUUGGGAGAAAUCCUGCCUUUUGACCCUGCAGUUCCAUGGGAGUCCUACUGGUUCCUGUUCCACAGCUGUGACUGCAGUGAGAAGCUUGGAUGCCGAAGGGUUAGAGACUUUAAAAGAGCAAGUGCCAUGUGGUUUGCCAGAUGUGUUUGAACCACCAAUAAACUGUAAAUGUAGAGGGAUUGCUGUCAAAAGAUGAAGUGAGAUAAAAUUUUAUAGCCAUAAGCAAAUAACUAAAGACUAUGAAAUUGAUUGUAGAGCCUAAGAGGAUAUUAAUGAAUUCUUCUGAUAGUAGUACUAAGAACAACUUACAAAUCCACUAUCUCAUAAAUAUAAUUUCUGUUGGCCUGGAACAUUGCUACAGAAACUUUGUAGUAUGCAUUUAGGAAAAUUGCCUGGAGGGAGGCAGCGCUCACACCAACAGGAAAACCUGUUAUCAAACCACAGAAUCAGCUUCCCACACUCCUUUGUAUGUGCAUGGGUGUGGGGACUGUGGAGGCAUCUCAGAAACCAGCUCAUUUGACUCAAUUUUGAUAGUUAUUUUGUCAACUUAGUUGAUAAAUUAGUGGAGUUUAUAAAGCAAAAAUAGGCAGUGUAGUUAUGUUAUCAAAAGCUUCUUAACAAUUUUGAGUCUGAAUUAGUGUCAUCUUAUUUAAAUGUACUUAUGCUAUAUACUCAAGGAGAAUCACAACCUUUAAGGAUAAAAUUAUUUUCACUAAGCGCCAAAUACAUGUAUGUGUAGGGGAAAAAAUACAUGUAUAGAGAGGACUGGCAUUUUUAGCAUUUUGAAUCCAUUAUAUUUCUGUAGGAUUUUCCUUUUGAUCUUCAUAAAGCUACUUGUUCCAUUGAAUAUGUAUGAUGAAUACCAAGGAUUUUGAAAGUGAUAAUUUGAAGAGGUGACUUACUCAAGUUGAUAAAUGGUGCUGUUGAUUAAGACAUAUGUUUCUACAGUAUAAGUGAUAAGUAGACAGUAUUUUCCACAGGUCUGGGGUUUAAAAAAAACCAAAAAAACCCAACUUCCAAUCAAGAUUCUUCCAUUGGAAAGGUAACUUUUCUUCAUGUAACCUGCCAGGUUGAGCUGUGAUGUAGGAGUUUUCAAUUUAAGCUCUAGUCAGUGUAGCACAGAAAGCUUUAAAACACGAAACACUUGUUCAUUUCCAGACUUUCUUGGGACAUUAUACAUUUGUCAUUUGAAAUAAAUGGCAAUACUUUUUUGAUAAAUAUUUUAGAGCCUGAAAAUGAUGUCUCUUUUCAGAUACAAAUCUACUAAUUAAGAAUUUUAAAAAUUGAUGGCUUUACAUUUUGAAGGCUCAACUAGUGACCAAAAAUGUGUUUUGCAGUACUUUUAUCAUCUGUAAGAACUUGAGGAAGGAAUGUUACAGUGAGAACUAGUAGAAGGAAUGUUGAAUUACUUUCACGGAUGUGAAAGAAUGAAGGCAAAAACCUCUGAUAAAAAGCUGUUUACCUGAUAUGUUUUUAUCAAGGUAAAAAUUAACACAAGGUGCUAUUCUGAAUAUAAAAGUAAUUUAACACUUAAUGCUAUCCACAGGAAAAAAAAUGUGGACACCCUUCAGAAUCUGUCUAGAAUCUAUCCUCGGAUCUGAGGAUCUGUCUAUUUUCCAAUCUCAAAUUGACAUAAAGAUAUUUCUCAAAGAGAACAAGUAUUAGUGGGGAUAUUUUGUUUCUGACAGCUGUCAGAUAGCUCUGUCCCUUGCUUACAUAAUAAAGAAUGUAUAGAAACAAAGUUAUUUUCUUCAUUGUCAUUUGAAUUUGCAUCCAACAAAACAUUGUGGAGCUGUUUUCUGAAUGUGCCAAAUGAAAACGAGGAAACUUUUCUUCUGAAUGCUGAAUUGAGUGUAGGGAAGCCAUCACAUGAAAAACUGAUUUCUGCUUUGAGCUGUGCAUGCUCGUUGGAUGUUCUUCAGUCUCCACUCAAUUUAAAACUGAGAGCAGCAAGCCAACAGCUCUGUACUUCCUGCCUCAAUUACUAUGCAUGUAGUCUAGACAUUUUCCAUAAAUCCAGUCAGACUGCAAAGUUUUCCCUCAGGGGAGGAGCAGGGGGAAAGGCAAAAAGAAAAAGCUGUGGAAACUUAAUUACACUGACUCACAGCAGCAUUCUUUUUAAUACAGGAAUUACUGGCUCUGAUCAGUUGAGCAUUUAAACCACUUUGGGAUUAUUAAGGCUUUUGCUGUCUGCUCAAGAUCAUUCUUAUCACUUAUCAGAUGCUCGGGAACACAUCAAGCCCUUUAAGAAUGGAAGGAUUUUUAAGAAUUACUGCUUUUUUUUUUUUCCUGUACAUAUCAAUCUUACUCUGAAAUAUUUUGCAGUUCAGGAUCAGAAUGGUUUUCAAA